CCUUGAACAUGACCAGCGCUUCCAGCUUCCAGAUGCUGCGGGGCUCCGUCAUCAUCUUCACCGGGCUCCUCUCCGUCGCCUUCCUGGGCCGCCGGCUGGAGCUGAGCCAGUGGCUGGGCAUCCUGCUCACCAUCGCGGGGCUGGUGCUGGUGGGGCUGGCCGACCUCCGCAGCGCCCACGACCCGAAGCACAAGCUCAGCGAGGUGAUAACCGCUCGGCGGACGCUGGAAGACGCCCUCGACGCCUUCUGCCAGGUGGGCCACCGGCCCCUCACCUCCCUGGCCCUCCUGGGGAACAUCAGCAGCAUCGCCUUCUUCAACUACGCCGGCGUCAGCGUCACCAAGGAGAUCAGUGCCACCACCCGCAUGGUCCUGGACAGCCUCCGCACCCUGGGCGUCUGGGCCGUCAGCUUGGCCCUGGGCUGGGAGACCUUCCACGGCUUGGAGGUCUUGGGUUUUGGGGUGCUGUUGGUGGGUGCUGCUCUUUACAACG